GUUCAGUUAAGAAGCAUAGCUUUAUCGUACUGAGAGCCAUUUUCUUCAGAAUCUUUUGUUUAUGAGGUCACCUGCCGUAGCAAACGCAUCCUGACCUCAUGUUUAAAGAUGAAUGGAAAUACAACUUGAUUAACAUACGGAAUCGUAGCAAAACAACAUAGCGUUCUAAUUAGGUGCUUUCGUAUUAGACGAAACUGUAAACCUAUUUAUACCGUGAUUCAAGACUGCUUAAAGCUUAGAAAACGAAGCACUUCUUAGGAGAAAUAGAAACGGCGGGAAAGAAGAUCUUAACGAUAUUUACGCUUACUAAUUGCUUACCGAUUGUGGACAUCGCUUAAUAUGUUGUUGUACAACUGAAACUUGCUUACUACUCCAGUUCAAGCAGACGAAUUGCGUAAAUAUCAAAAAGAAAGGAACAAGCAAAGGAUAAGGAACCUAUCAGUUUAAUUGACGAUGCUGGAUGCGUGCGAUUAUUUCGUCUAAAACUCUCUGAUUUAUCACAGCGUUACAUAAGAGCGCUUGAGACAAUAUGCUUCAACAACAAGCCAGCUUCGAUGAUUCGUACGACUAUUUAUUUAAAAUCGUUUUAAUCGGCGAUUCUGGAGUAGGGAAAUCGAACUUGUUAUCCCGUUACACCAAGAAUGAAUUUCAUCUCGGUUCAAAGGCAACUAUCGGCGUAGAACUGGCUCAAAAGACCAUUGAAGUGGAAGAAAAGAACAUUCGCGCACAGAUUUGGGACACUGCAGGCCAAGAGCGAUACCGAGCCAUUACAAGUGCUUACUACCGCGGAGCCAUGGGCGCUAUUCUGGUUUAUGAUAUCGCCAAGGUAACGUCAUUCCAGAACCUCGACAAAUGGAUCACAGAAUUGAAAGAACACGCCGAGCCAGACUUGUCAGUCAUCAUAAUCGGCAACAAAUCCGACCUGAAACAUCUACGAAUGGUAGAAACGAAACGAGGCCACCAAUACGCAAUCGAUCAAGACAUGCUCUUCAUGGAAACCUCCGCACUAGAUUCGACAAACGUUAAUGAAGCGUUCGAGGAGCUUGUAAAGCAUGUAUACGACGGGGUAAAGAAGAAAGAAAAAGAGAGAACGUCUUCAAGAACUGUCCUCCCUCUUCCACCGGAUCAGUUAGAUUUUGUUCAGAAUGGAAAAAAAGGAACGGUUAAUGUAGGAAAGACUGCUACGGAGAGUCAGAUAGCUAAAAAGAGGAACAAUAAGCUUCCAUGUUGUUCUACAUAGAGCAAUGAAUCGGUGAUAUAAGUUUCGCCUUUGCUGAAAUUUAGCAAUAUAUCAUAGAACCAAAAGUGGUUGAAAAAAAUAUCUUCAAGGAGCCAUAUCACAUACACAAGAGAAACGCUGUGUUAGUUUGAAAAGUUCUUUGGCGAAAUCUGGGUCAAGUCGGGAAAACAUUUGAAGGCAAACUCGUCUUGAGAAUGAGGCUGAUGGGUAACUUGGAUGUUUAUUUAAAGAAAGCAAAACUGAUGGCUGAAAAUGAAGAAGGUUAAGACGGAAUAAAAAUAACCAGCGAGUAAAUUCAGAUUAAAUAUUUUUAUAAUGCACAUAUUCGCUUUAAAAGCGAUAUUCCAUAUAUUCUGAUAUAAAUUAUAGCAGUGCAGUUUUACACCACAAGGUCGCAACUGAACACUGACUAGAAAGUCUAAGACUCCACCAGGAGUGGAGGAGAGCACAACACUCUAUAUUUACCUCAGUACAAUUGGCAGACGGUUAUAGAUACGCAUGCGCUCUAUUUGGACAAGGAGUACAUUAACUCUUCUUAUCACGAGGAACUUGUAAAGCUCGGACGUUUCCAAGACGUGAACGUCAGUUGAAGAGUCAUUGUUUUUCAUCGUGAUUUCAACAGACUUUCAGUCGAGCAUUAUAGUUUAAAACGCUGAAACAAGGGUUUUUCGAUUGUUCUUCAAGCAAUUACAUUGGUUCCUCGGCCGUUUGUUUCUUGACAAUGUCUGUGUUUAAUUCUCUUCUAUAUUUAUGAUGGAAGCGGUAGGAUUUCUGUGUCACAUAAAGGAAAAAUAAAUGAAACAAAAGUCA